GUGGAGAGGUGUGAGCUGUCAUCCUGCGGUGCGCCCUUGUAGCCGCUCACCAAAAACUAGAGUCAGCAUCUCUCAACCAAUCCCUUUACCGUAGCGCACACAGCUGGAGAGAGACCUCGCGUCUAGAACACCUCUAUCACAACAACUCAGCGAUUAAAGUUUGGAGCUGGGACAUCAUGCCAGGACUAUGACAUUAAAACAGACUAUGCUGAAGAUGUGUGCUGACCGCUCGCUGAACUGCAUUAUUUGGCUAACUAAUGCUACUGGACCUGUUCCCAUAAGCCUAACCAUGCAUCUGACACGGGCCUAAUAAUCCGCUGUGGGAAUCAAGACCACUCUGGCAGCGGUGAACAAUGCAUUUGCCACAAAGACGGAGACUCAAUCGGAGUCGCAUCCUCUUCUUCCUCUCUGGUGUGUUACUGUGCUGCGUCUACACCGUGACGUUCAAGGCCCGGCUGCAGGAGCCACGGGUGGCCCGCCAGGCCGCUGCAGAGGAGGACCCUGGGACAGCACUCCCAGAGGAAGGGGGCGGUGGUGAUAGUAGUAGUGUUCUGGAGGUAGACACACGAGAGGUGGUGACCUCUAACCUCUCUAGCCUAACAGAGAGCUAUAACGAUGACGUCAUCACCAGGGCUCCGACUGUGCUGGAGGGGGAUGACGUCAUCGUGAUCACUGUCAACAGGACGGACAUUAAGCACUGUAUCUACGUAGAGGACCCUGAACCUGAGCCUCCGACUGAACCUCCUCCUAACACCACCACCUCCCCGGGUAUCCCUGGAGAGGUCCCCCACAGGAAGGGAGAGUACCCAGAGGACCUGUUCACAGUGGACCAGAGGAGGCAGGGCUGGGUGACCCUCCACAUCCUGGGCAUGGUCUACAUGUUCGUCUCCCUCGCCAUCGUCUGUGACGAGUUCUUCGUCCCGGCGCUCGGCGUCAUCACCGUGAAGCUCGACAUCUCCGACGACGUCGCCGGGGCAACCUUCAUGGCUGCAGGAGGCUCCGCCCCCGAACUGUUCACCUCUCUGAUUGGCGUGUUCAUCUCCCAUAGCAACGUGGGCAUCGGGACCAUCGUGGGGUCAGCGGUGUUUAACAUCCUGUUUGUCAUCGGGAUGUGUGCCAUCUUCUCCAGGGAGAUGCUCCACCUCACCUGGUGGCCCCUGUUCAGAGACGUCUCCUUCUACAUCAUAGAUCUGAUCAUGCUGAUCGUGUUCUUCUUGGACAACACCAUCAUGUGGUGGGAGAGCGUAAUGCUGGUGUCGGGUUACGUGGCCUACGUCUGCUUCAUGAAGUUCAACGUGCAGAUCGAACACUUCGUCAAGACGCAGAUCAACAAACACAAGAGCAUCGUCAAGAUCAUCAUGCCAGAGGAGGAGAAGGAGAAGGAGAAGGAACCCAAGAAGGUGAAGCCCACUCUCCAGAGAGGAGGCAGUAAUGCGUCUCUCCACAACAGCACCAACAGAAACACCAUCUUCCAGCUGAUGAUCCACACACUGGACCCACUGGGAGAAGCUGGACAUGAGAAGACUGAGCAGGCCGAACCCUCGACCUCCCAGACCACACCUAAAGAAGAGGAGAAACCAGGCCCGUCAGAGACUCAGACGGACGAGGGGCCAGCGGGCGCAGGGGGGUCCGACGGCUCAGACAGCGGCGAGGAGGACGAGAGUGAAGAAGAGAGUGAGGAUGAGGAAGACGAGGAUGACGAAGACGAAGAGGACGAUGAGGAAAAUAAAGAGGAAGAAGAGGAAGAGGGUGAAGAGAACGAGGAACCCCUGUCGUUAGAAUGGCCAGACACCAGACGUAAACAGGCCACAUAUCUUUUCCUCCUACCGAUAGUGUUCCCUCUGUGGCUCACUGUGCCCGACGCUUCCAGAAAAUACUUCGCCAUGACGUUUAUUGGUUCCAUCACGUGGAUCGCUGUGUUCUCCUAUCUAAUGGUCUGGUGGGCACAUCAGGUGGGUGAGACCAUAGGCAUCUCAGAGGAGAUCAUGGGCCUGACCAUCCUGGCAGCGGGCACCUCCAUCCCUGACCUCAUCACCAGUGUCAUCGUGGCCCGGAAAGGACUGGGAGACAUGGCUGUGUCCAGCUCAGUGGGAUCCAACAUCUUCGAUAUCACUAUGGGUCUGCCUGUUCCAUGGUUGAUCUUCUCGGCGAUGCAAGGCGGCGUACCGGUGGCGGUGAACUCCAACGGUCUGUUCUGUGCCAUCGUGCUCCUCUUCGUCAUGCUCCUCUUCGUCAUCGUCAGCAUCGCGGCGUGUCGGUGGAAGAUGAGCCGCGUUCUGGGCCUCACCAUGUUCAUGCUUUACUUCGUGUUCCUGGUGCUCAGCGUGAUGCUGGAAGACCGUAUUAUUAUCUGCCCUGUCUCCAUCUGAGGUCAGACACACCCACAUGGAACCCAGUCCACCCACUGGGGAGCCAGGCCCACCCACAUGGAACCCAGUCCACCCAC